AUGUUGGGCGAAUGGUCAGCCAGUAGCGCAGCUACAGAGGAAUUUGUUACAGACUCAACAAAUACUAUUAAUUUAAUAAUAAUAACAACAAGUACAGAUGCUACUUCAGAUACUACAGAAACAAGUACAACUGUUACUGCAAGUACUACAGAAACAAGUAUAACCGUUACUGCAAGUACUACAGAAACAAGUACAACUGUUACUGCAAGUGCUAUAGAAACAAGUAUAACCGUUACUGCAAGUACUACAGAAACAAGUACAACUGUUACUGCAAGUGCUAUAGAAGCAAGUAUAACCGUUACUACAAGUACUACAGAAACAAGUACAACUGUUACUGCAAGUGCUAUAGAAACAAGUAUAACCGUUACUGCAAGUACUACAGAAACAAGUACAACUGUUACUGCAAGUGCUAUAGAAACAAGUAUAACCGUUACUGCAAGUACUACAGAAACAAGUACAACUGUUACU